AUGGAUUACAGUCGAGAUGCAUCGGCCUCUGAGGCCUCGACUGCGCCGCCGCCUCCACCUCCUCCAUCGACCGCUGCGCCUGCGACUGCGAAAGGGAAGGCGAAGGGCAAGAAAGCGGCGGCGAGCAAUGACCCGGCCGAUGCGCAUAAGGCUUUACUGUCGAAGAUCUCGCAGCUGGAAGCUUCGUCUACGGAGAAUGCGCACGAAGCGGCGGAGAUUGAAGCGGAGGUGAAGAAGGCGAAUCGGGAUUUGAGUCAGUUGCUCAAUACGAUGGAGCCGCACAACAGCAAGCUGGAUACUGUGCAGCGGAAGUAUACCGAACUGCUGAGCGAGAUGAAGAAAGUGGAGCGCGAGCACGUCAAGGCGAAGAAGAGAGGGGACCAGCUGCAGAAGGAGAAGGAGGAGGUAGGCAAAGAGCGCACGCGUGAGAGGGGGUUGAAGGAGAAGCUGGAGAAGUUGAGCAGGGAGUUGACGCGGGAGAACAAGAAGUUGAAGGAGGAUUUAAGAGACUUGCGCGAGACGUCGGCGGAUCGGAACGAAGAGCUGCAUCAGCGGCUGGAGAACAUGGUAUACGACGUGGAAGACGUCCUCUCCUACGGCCGGCCGGAGCGGCAGACGCAAGAGCUGGAGCAGGACCGCAUGUUCCGGGAGAAAUUCACCUCGUUCCUGCACCAGUACGAGCUGCGGGAGCUGCAGUUCCAGUCGCUCGUCCGCACCAAGGAUCUGGAGAUUGCGUACCACAUCGCGCGCCACGACCAACUGAAGCGCGCGCAGGAGAAUGAGCUGAGCAAGAGCAAUCAGUUGACGAAGCAGGUGUCGACGUUCAGCCAGACGGAGAGCGAGUUGCGCGGACAGCUGAAUGUGUAUGUGGAGAAGUUCAAGCAGGUCGAAGACACGCUGAACAACAGCAACGACCUCUUCCUCACCUUCCGCAAAGAAAUGGAGGAGAUGUCGAAAAAGACCAAACGCUUGGAGAAAGAGAACCUCAACCUCACCCGUAAACAGGAAGCGACGAAUAAGAACAUCUUCCAGAUGGCCGAGGAGCGCAGCCAGUCGCAGCAAGCGCUCGACCGUCUGACGCGGGAGAACGAGAAGUUGAAGAAACUCUGCCGCGCUAUGCAGACCGGUGGCUACGCGGGCGCGGCGCCGGCGCAUGGGGGCGGGUUGGACGAUCUGGAGGGCGAGACGGAGAGCGAGUACGAGGAUGAAGAGUACGAUGAGGAUGAUGAGGAAGUCGAAUAUGAUGAUGAAGAUACGGAGGAGGAAGAGGGGCUUGAUGGGAGACCGAGGGCUUAUGGACCCCCGCCGCCGCCGCCGCCGAUGCCGAUGCCGGUGCCGCAGGUGGCGGAUGGGGGUGGGAAUGCUGGGGGGAAGGCGAGGGUGCAACAGCAACAGCAGGUUAAUGGGGCGCAGGUGAAUGGGGCCAGGCAUUGA